AAAAAAAAAGAAAAAAAGCUCAAGCCCAGGCUGGGUCCUACCAUGAUGUCAGAGGGAGAGAAACCCACAGCUUGUUAAUUUCACCUCCCAAUCAGACCCGGGGGAAGAAAUCACUGGGAACAGUUGUUUCCCCCUGUGGUCAUGACGGCUUCGCACAGUGACUCUUUGGUGGUGUUGUUUGGGGCAACAGCUGGUGCAUAUGGGGCUAAACUGGGUUCGGAUGAGAGGGAACUAAUUCUCUUGGUGUGGCAAGUUGUGGAUCUGCAGAGCAAGAAGGUAGGGACAUUGCACAAAUCCCUGGUGAAAGCAGACAAUCCGGAGUUGAGCGACCCGUGUCGAGAAGUGAGUGGCUUAACACCAGAGGGACUGAGCAAAGCUGAGCCUUUGGACCGAGUUCUCCAACAGUUUAGCCAGCUGGUAUCCAGUGAUCUGAAGUUACUAGGAAGAAGCUCUUAUGCUCUCUGUACUGAUGGCCAGUUACUCAUUCGACAGGUUCUCCACCCAGAAGCAUCCAAAAAGAACUUCCUGCUGUCUGACUACUUUUAUUCAUUUUAUGAUCUACGCAAAGAGUUCCACAUGUGUUACCCCAAUUCGGCCACUGUGAAGGAUCAGACUAUCAAAUCUAUGGCAGAAUACCUAAGCUUAGGAACAGAUGAAACAGAGGAGGACUUUGGUGUCUGGCAAGUGAAAACUAUGGUGGCUGUCAUUUUCAGCAUGCUAUCUGAAACAUGCAGUCACAUAUUUACAGACCCUGAAACUGUGAAAUACAAGUAUGAAACAGGUCCCUGUAGCAAAUCUGAAGCAGUAGACAGUGAAACAGUAAUACGUGCCAGAGGUUUGCCCUGGCAAUCUUCAGACCAAGAUAUUGCCCGAUUUUUCAAAGGACUCAAUAUUGCCAAAGGUGGUGUGGCUCUGUGUCUGAAUGCUCAAGGAAGAAGAAAUGGGGAAGCCCUAGUGCGAUUUGUCAGUGCUGAACAGAGAGACUUGGCUUUAGAAAGACAUAAGCAUCAUAUGGGUAGCCGAUACAUUGAGGUUUACAAAGCUACUGGAGAAGAGUUUCUAAAGAUUGCUGGAGGUACCUCCAAUGAAGUGGCUCAGUUCUUAUCCAAAGAGAAUCAAGUCAUCAUCCGGAUGAGAGGUCUUCCAUUCACAGCUACCCAGGAGGAUGUCUUGGGGUUCCUGGGGCCUGAGUGUCCUGUCACAGGAGGGAAAGAGGGACUUCUCUUUGUCAAGUAUCCAGAUGGCAGACCUACAGGAGAUGCAUUUGUGUUGUUUUCCUGUGAAGAAUAUGCACAGAAUGCACUUAAAAAACACAAGAUGAUACUUGGAAAACGUUACAUUGAACUCUUCAGGAGCACAGCAGCUGAAGUCCAGCAGGUUCUUAAUAGAUACAUGUCAACUCCUCUUAUACCCACUUUGCCAACUCCCAUAAUUCCUGUCAUACCCCCACCUUACACCAUUGCCACAGGUAGCAUACGUGACUGUGUCCGACUCCGAGGCCUUCCCUACACUGCUGGCAUUGAUGAUAUCUUGGAAUUCAUGGGAGAUGCUACAGGAGAUAUCAAGCCACAUGGAGUCCACAUGGUCCUUAAUCAACAGGGACGACCAUCAGGUGAUGCAUUUAUCCAAAUGAAAUCUGCUGACAAAGCCUUUUUGGUGGCCCAGAAAUGUCACAAAAAAAUGAUGAAGGACCGCUAUGUGGAAGUGUUCCAGUGUUCAGGAGAAGAGAUGAACUUUGUUUUAAUGGGUGGCACUUUAAAUCGUAGUGGCUUAUCCCCACCGCCAUGUAAGUUACCAUGUCUUUCUCCUCCUGCUUAUGCUGCUUUCCAAACAGCAGCAGCGGUGAUCCCAGCAGAAGCAGCACUUUACCAGCCACAAGCCUUGUUACCGACAACCAGGACUCCCCAGGCCUCUGCUGCUGCCCCUCAAGCUGUUACCUAUUACCCAGCUCAGGCUGCUCAGCUUUACAUGAAUUACACAGCUUACUAUCCCAGCCCUCCUGUAUCUCCCACCACAGUGGGCUAUAUCACAGCCCCACCAGCAGCUGUAGCAGCUGCUGCCACAGCCCCACACACUCCAAUACUGCCCCAGCCUGGAGCUCUGGUCCGUAUGCAGGGCUUGCCUUAUAACACAGGAAUGAAGGAAAUUCUGAGUUUUUUCCAGGGAUAUCAGGAUGUAUUGAACGAUGCUUCAGGUCCUUUAUAAAGUGAGCCAUUAUUAACCACCAGUGGCUUGGGUAUGGUCUUUAAUCCCUUUGUGAAAGUAAUUGCAGUUGGUGUUCAGUGGACAUGGGAAUUGGAUCUGAGAUGCUGUGAACAAAGGGUGAUUUUUAUCUGUGUGUCCUGGUUUAGAAGGGAUGAAUUAAGUUUCAGUUCUUGCUUAUUUAUUUUCUGCUGUUUCCUUCUCUUAAUUUCUUUGGUCUUCAUGGGCUCCAUGUACUGCAUGUAAGCACAUGUUGCUACAUAACUGAAAACAGCUUUCACACCAGACCUGCCUCAUAACAGAGAUACUCCUGGCUUAGAUUGUGCUUUAACAAGCUGGUCUCAACCUCAGUACAUGCUUUUAAUAGUACGUAAUGUUCAACUUUUAUAAUUCUACAUUUCUAACUAUUUGACUCCAAUUAUUAGUAUUGACCUCUUCUAUUUAAUAGCUCAGCAACUGGGCUGCUUUCUUGUAGGGCCUGUCGGCUCUCCUACAACUUAUAUUCAGUUGAGUCAUAUGAACUGUCCUUGCAAAGACUAACAAAGCUAUUAAUCUGAACAUCUUUGAAGCUAUUUAGACCCCACUAAAUUGUAGUGCAGUGUGUUUAAUGUUUAAUUCUAGUAUACUGUCAUCUAAUAAUUCAUUAUGUAACUUCUUAUUAAUUGUAUAUGUAAUUCUUAUAAUUGUAUUCCCUAAGAGUCCCAUUCAGGACCAUAAUCCCUUUGUACAAAUACAUGAAAAAAGCCCAAAAGAUCUUAAAAUCCCUUAAUAAUGAGAGGUAACAGGUAAAUGCACACAGACGCCUGCGGUUGCAUGAGAUAAAAAUGAAGUAAUACUGGCCAAGAUACUGGGCAGUAUAGUCCUUGCACCAGGUGCCAAAGUGUCAGAGAGGAAAAUAGGAAAAUAGGUUGCUGGUUAUACUGGCAUUUAGUAAAAUAUUCAGCUGAUUGCUUCAGCCCAGCUCUCUAAGCAGCUGUCACAAAAGUUGGAAAGAAUAAAGUAAUGGGAAAACACAAAACCAGAAAUCUGCCUUGUUAGGUAUUUGUAGAAGUAUGAUGGUGUUUCUAUGCAAAACAAUUAAUAAUGUGUGCCAAGGCAAGAAAGGCACACAAUCAUGA